AUGGCCGGGUUACCAAGAGACCUGCACGGCGAGUCAGCAGCGAGAGCGAGCGAAUGGGUCAACCACAGCACUCCUCCACCGCUCUUCCACCGCUCCACCACCGCUCUCCCACUCCCACUCCCACUCCCGCUCCCGCUCCUACAGCUACAGCUACAGCUACAACUACCACAGCAAUGGGCACCCCCCCACGAGGCCCCCGCGGCGGCCACGGCCACGCCGCCCGCAGAGCCGCCGCCGGACGAGAGCGCGAGCGAGAGCGAGGGCGAGACCGCGCAGACCGCGCAGACCCCGACCACGACCGCGACCGCGAACGGGACCGCGACAGACACGGCGGUGGCAGGGCCGCAGCACGUAAGCGCAGCCGCUCCAGAAGCCCCGACCCCCGUCCGCACCGCCGCGACAGGGACAGAGACAGAGCACGAGGUUCACUACCGCCGCCCCCCGCCACCGCCCCGUGACCACGACGCACCCCCGCCAGACCGCGAAUACACGAUCCGCGGCGGGCGCAGCCGCGACGAGGAGCCAAAGUCGCGGCGGCACCGGUCGCGCUCGCGGGACCGCCGGAAUAGGGAGCAGGCGGCAGCGAGAAGGAAGAGUCCGUCGCCGGUGGCGCCGCCGCCGCCGCCCCAGCAGCAGCAGCAGGAUGUGAAGAUGAGCGGUGGUGGAGGAGGGGAAGAGGAGGAGGCGGCGGCGGGAGAGGUGGAGGGGGAGGAGGAGGAUGAUACGGAGGCGCAGAUGAGGGCCAUGUUGGGCAUUGGCGGCUUUGGGACGACGAAGCAGAAGAAGGUCAAGGGGAAUGAUGUGGGUGCUAUUAGUAAGAAUACGACGGUCAAGUAUCGGCAGUAUAUGAAUCGGCCGGGUGGGUUCAAUAGGGCGCUGUCGCCUUCGUAG